AUGGCUUCAACGUUACAACAGUGCCCCAUCUGCUUUAACCACUAUAGAAGCACUCCAGACGGGAAGUUAUGUCGGCACGGAAGUAAAGUGAAAGGACAGGAAUGCUCGGGGUCCCGGAAAAAAGUUGAUCCAUCGGGCGCGAGGGCUGCUUCACCUCACGGUGCCGCACCCGACCCCAAGCCUGGGUUGCCCACACGGUCGUCGGCCGCAUCGGUCUCCGGUGAUCCUCUCGGCCUGGAUUACUCUGGUGUUUUUGACAAGCUGACGGCCGUGCUGAAAUGUGUACCGGUGUACGACCAUAUCCCUAAGCCAUGCAGGGAGAAGUUCGCACAUGAACCGAACGCCUUGCUGACGGCUGUUUGUAAUGACCCUGGUGACCCGGCUCACUGGGUUAGACUCCACUGUUUUGUCCUAUACGUCUUACAGAAGACUUCCAGAGGGGGUCGCCGGGUCAACCAGGGCAAUCUGGUCAACAAGCGUCUAAGCGAAUAUUCAACUAUUGGUCUUGAAACCCUGGUACUGUGCUUUGAUGGGUUCAAUAAUGCCAAAUCACAAAAGCACAACCCCGAUCGGUGGAUCAACGCUGUGUCAUCUUGUAUUGAACAGGGAAACCUGUCCUCGGCUGUCAGACUUGUCUGUUCGCCGGAGGGCCUGGCGGAGAGCUCGCCGGCCACCUUCGAUAAAUUAUGUUCCAUCCACCCAAAAAUUCCGGUUCUUCUGGAAGCCUGGAUGGCCUACGACCCCAGCACCUUAAGGAUGUUUUUUCAGGCCCCUUGCCAAUCGACGACACACUGA